AUGGCAAUUCGGACCACUAUCAGUUCUCUGUUCAGCCCUGCUCUUCUCUUCCUGAUCCUCCUGUCGUCGGCGGCGGCAGCAGAAGCAGCCGGCGGUGGUAUCAGACAAUACUUCACGUCACUGUUCAGCUUCGGCGACUCCGUAAGCGACACCGGCAACCAGAUGCUGCUGGGUAAGUGCGCUCACUGUUGCUCCCUACCAAACGGCGAAACAUACUUCGGUCGCCCGACUGGUCGCUGCUGCAACGGGCGUCUCAUCGUCGACUUCAUUGCUGAGAAAUUGGGGCUUCCUCUGCUGACGCCGUUUCCGGGAGAGCUGAAGAGCAGCAAUUUCCGGUUCGGGGCAAACUUGGCGGAGGGAGGCGCGUCGGCCCUUGAUUUCCGGUUCCUGGCGGAGAGAGGGAUCUUCAAUACGCACACCAACGUGUCGUUGGGCGAUGAACUCAAAAGAUUCAGGAAUUUAUUGCCCACACUCUGUUCCUCACCAUCUGAAUGUAAGAUGUACCUCGGAAAAUCUCUAAUUCUAAUGGGAGAAAUCGGAGGGAUUGAUUACAACAGAGCAUACUUUGAAAAUGUUGCCGUUGAGCAAAUAACAGAGUUAGUACCAUACGUUGUUGCCGAAAUUGGCAACGCAAUCCAGGAGAUGGUCGAAUUAGGGGCAGUAACAAUCCUGGUUCCAGGGAACUUCCCGCUUGGAUGCCAUGCAGGUUACUUGGCCAAAUUCUGGAGCCCUAACAAAGAAGACUAUGAUCCCUUGACCGGUUGCCUUGUUCAAUUCAACAAUUUCGCCCAACACCACAACCAUCUUCUCCAAGAGGAAGUAGUUCGGUUGCAGAAAGUUUAUCCCCAUGCCAACAUCAUGUAUGCAGACUACUAUAACUCAGUCAUGCGCUUCCAUCUACACCCAGACGAAUUUGGGUUCAGUGCUUCAUCAUCGUUGGUAGCGUGCUGUGGAGGGGGAGGGCCGUACAACUACAACGAGUCUCUGCUUUGUGGAGCCCCGGGCAGCACAGCUUGCGCUGAUCCGUCGACGUUUAUCAAUUGGGACGAUCAUCAUCUCACGGAGGCAGCCUAUAGGAUUAUUGCCAACGAUGUGUUACAAUGGCCAUUCUCUAUUCCUCGCUUCAAUACAUCUCACUGUCCCGUGACUACCCGAGCGGUAAGUGGGGAGGGAUACUAUUUCGCUUAUUGA